AUGUCACUCGCUCAGUCUCUGCAAUCUCAACUAUGCUCGGUGGCAAGGCAGAGCCCCUCCCUGGCGAAGAAGAUUCAUGCACAAAUCAUAAAAGCUGGUCUCAACCAACAUGAACCCAUCCCAAACACACUUUUAGAUGCAUACGGCAAAUGUAGUCUUGUCGAAGACGCACUUCAACUGUUCAAUGCAUUGCCUCGCCGAGACCCAGUCGCAUGGGCCUCCCUCCUCACCGCCUGCAACCUCGCCAACCGCCCUCACCGCGCUCUUUCGAUCUCACGCUCCCUUCUCACCGCCGGCUUCCACCCCGACCACUUCGUCUUCGCCUCCCUCGUCAAAGCUUGUUCUAACUUAGGUGCUCUUCACGUGAAACAAGGGAAACAAGUGCAUGUUCGCUUCUUACUCUCACCAUUCUCCGAUGAUGACGUUGUCAAGUCAUCUUUGGUCGAUAUGUACGCGAAAUUCGGCUUGCCCGAUUACGGGCGUGCUGUUUUCGACUCCAUUUCUUCGUUGAAUUCGAUUUCUUGGACUGCCAUGAUAUCUGGGUAUGCGCGGAGUGGACGAAAGUUUGAGGCUUUUCAAAUGUUUCGUCAAACUCCGUAUCGAAACUUGUUUGCUUGGACUGCUUUGAUUUCCGGGUUGGUGCAGAGUGGGAAUGGUUUUGACGCGUUCCACAUGUUUGUUGAAAUGCGGCAUGACGGGGUUAGUGUUACAGACCCGUUGGUUCUUUCCAGUGUGGUUGGUGCUUGUUCUAAUCUAGCUCUUUGGGAGCUGGGUAAACAGAUGCACGGCUUGGUUAUAGCCCUUGGCUAUGAGUCUUGCUUGUUUAUAAGCAAUGCACUUGUAGAUAUGUAUGCCAAAUGCAGUGACCUUGUUGCUGCAAAGUAUAUCUUCUUUGACAUGUGCAAAAAGGAUGUGGUUUCUUGGACUUCAAUAAUAGUUGGCAGCGCCCAACAUGGGCAGGUUGAGGAGGCUCUGGGUCUGUAUGAUGGCAUGGUUUUGGCUGGACUUAAGCCAAAUGAGGUGACCUUUGUUGGGUUGAUUCAUGCAUGUAGUCAUGCUGGCCUGGUUAGCAAGGGCAGGGCUUUGUUCAGGUCUAUGGUUGAAGAUUACGGAAUUACGCCCUCCCUUCAGCACUAUACUUGUUUGCUCGAUCUUUUAAGUCGAUCAGGGCACCUUGAUGAGGCUGAGAGUCUCAUUAGAACUAUGCCAGUCUACCCUGAUGAACCUACUUGGGCUGCUUUGCUUAGUGCUUGCAAGCGCCAUGGUAACACCCAGAUGGCAGUCAGGAUUGCUGAUCAUCUAUUAAAUUUAAAACCAGAAGAACCUUCUUCUUAUAUUUUGUUAUCUAACAUAUAUGCCGGAGCUGGUAUGUGGGAGAAUGUUUCUAAAGUGAGAAAGUUAAUGAUGGUCAUGGAAGUUAAAAAGGAACCAGGCUAUAGCUGCAUUGACUUGGGAAAGGAGAGCCAUGUGUUUUAUGCUGGACAGACUUCUCACUCAAUGAAGGAUGAAAUUAUAGGUUUAAUGAGGGAGUUGGAUGCAGAGAUGAGGAAAAGGGGCUAUGCUCCUGAUACUAGCUCGGUUUUACAUGAUAUGGAUCAACAGGAGAAGGAAAGACAACUCUUCUGGCAUAGUGAGAGGUUGGCUGUGGCUUACGGACUUCUAAAGGCUGUUCCAGGGUCUGUUAUACGUAUAGUGAAAAAUCUUCGUGUUUGUGGAGAUUGUCAUACUGUUCUGAAACUCAUCAGCACUAUAACAAGUAGGGAAAUUUAUGUCCGAGAUGCCAAAAGAUAUCACCAUUUUAAGGAUGGCAACUGUUCUUGCAAUGACUUCUGGUGA